AUGAAUACCAUUGCAUUGAUACGAUUUAUCGUGCUAGCUGUUUGUAUAGUUGUAGUAACAGCCAAAGAUUAUUAUGAAAUCUUAGGUGUCAAACGAGAUGCAAGUGAAAAGGAAAUAAAACGGAAAUUUCGCCAGUUAGCUUUAAAAUACCAUCCGGACAAAAAUAAAGAUCCAAAAGCCGAAGAAACCUUUCGUUCUAUAGCAGAAGCAUACGAUGUGUUGGGUAAUCCGGAGAAACGCCGACAAUACAAUGCUCAAGGACAUCAAUCGUUUACCUCCUCAUCUCAGCAUGGAGGUUCUCACGAUUUCAAUUUUAACAUGCACGACUUCUUCAAAGAAUUCGAUUCUUUCCACCAAGCUCAUCACAAUGCUCAUCAUCAUGCUCAUCAUCAAGCUCAUCAACGUGCCCAUCAACGUGCACAUCAACAAGCACAUCAGGGCUUUCACUUCGAUUUUGGCUCGCUGUUUGAUGAUGAUGAUGACUUCUUCGGAACGAAUAUUCACAGCUUCGGCGGAGAUUCUUUCGGCUUUGGAAAUCUGUUCGAUGGUUUUGGUGAUAGUCACCACACAGUGUCGAAACACUCGAAUCAACAUUGUCGAACUGUAACCCGACGUGAAGGAAAUACGGUAUCAACAAUAACCGAGUGUCAUUAG